GGUGCAACAUACACUCUUGGAUUUGGUAUAUAGCUAGUUAUCCAGAUAACGUAAGCGAACAUUUUGCUACUAUAUGAAGAAUUUUGGCAUGCUAUCGUGAAGAUCGGUUUUAGCCUGUGUAGCCACGGUGCAAAAAGUAAUCGUCGCCACGAUAACGUUGUUUCCUACCACAGAUAGCUAAACAUGACUAAGAAGAGGAAAAGGCAGGACGAUUUUCAGAAAGUCAAACUUAAGGUUGGCAAAAGGAAGCCCAAAGCUGAUAAUGCAACGGACGUCAACUUCAGGACUAAAGGCGUACGUCUGCCGGAGCAACUAAAGACGGAUGGUACUGGACCUACCACUCAUCGGCACCUCAACAUAAAGGAUCUCCUGUCCCAGCUGCACCACUACAGUGGUGGAGUGAAGCAGGGGGCGCUGGUUGGUCUGCGAGAGCUGCUGUCCCUCCACCCCCACCUCCUGGACCAGCACCUGUCGAGCGUGCUGAGCGAGGUGGCCGCCGUCUUCACAGACAAGGACGCCACGGUCCGCGCGGCCGCCGUGCGCCUCCUCCGCUUCGUGGCCCAGUGUGUGCCGGCCGAGCGGGUGGCGCCCUUCUUCCCCCUCCUCAGCGCCCACCUCACCUGCGCCAUGACGCACAUCGUGGAGGGCAUCCAGCAGGAUGCCCUGCGGGUGCUGGAUGUCCUGCUCGAGCAUUACCCCGCCCUGCUCUCCGCCCGCUGCACUGUCCUCCUCAGGAACUUCCUGGAGCUCAUCUCCCAGCGCCGCCUGUCUCCGGCGGGAAAGGGGGGCGAGGACCGGAAGGCGGGGAGCUAUGCCCUGUCCGUCACUCCUGGCCGCGCCGUCACAGCCCAGCAGUGGAGGCUCACUGUACUCACAAGGUUGGGGGGCUUCCUCCAGGCGGUGGUGGAGGAGAGGCCAGCGGAGGAGAAGGGGUCCCUUGGGGACUUCCUGGACAGGGAAGAUAAAGGGCGUGGCUCUGUCACUCCCCUGGAGGUCACUUGGGAGGAGCAUACACUGCAGAAAGGCGGUCUUCUGGUGUACGAGAACUCCGGGGCCCAGCCAGCUGUUGUGUCCAAAUUCCGGCUCAGGCCUGAAACAGAGCCUGGGGCUGGAGUUGCAGAAGGGCUGAUUUCCGUGGAGACCGUUAGGGGUUUUGCUGCAACGUUAGUGCCCUUGCUGCUGGAGGUGUGGGUGGAGGCCUCAACGAGUGAACAGGGAAAAACGGACAGUACCCACCUGCUCGCCCCCGAGUCGAUGUCCCUCAUGUACCAGGUCCUGACCAUCCUGCAGCUGCUGCGUCGCCUUACUCCAGAGCGCCACCAAAAGGACGACUUGGAUGCCUGGUUCCGCAGCUCAUACUUAAAUGACUUCAAGCACCACUUCAUGAAGAACUUCCCCUAUGGUCUGCUGGAGGUGGCGAAACACAAGAAGAAGGGGGAGAUGAAGAGGGCCAAGCAGCAGCAGCAGCAGCAGGCGCCUGGGGCGGGCGGGGCCGCGGUGGAGCCCCUGGCGCUCAACGUCACGCUGUGCCAGGUGAUGGUGUCCCUGAGCUCCAGGCCGCAGGGCGGGGAGGACGCCGAGUGGCUGGGGCCCAUCAGGGCCUUCGUCAGGGAGACCCUGUCCGGCGGCGUCAAGCUGAGCUCCAAGCACCUGGCCGCCCUGCUGGAGGUGGUGUGGAGGCUGGUGCUCACCCACAGGAGCAGAGCGGUGACAGAGGAGCUCCUGCAGGCGGUGCAUGUGCAGUACCAGCAGAGGAACCUGACCCUGCCCGUCCGAAUGCUGCUGCUGCGCUUCUUCAGCCGCCUCUACCUGCAGGAGCACCAGGCCCAGCCUCACAUAGCCAGGAGUAAGGUUCUCUCUCGCUGGCUGGCGUCCCUGCCCCUGCAGCUGGUGCAGCUGGGCUCACGGAACCCCCACCUGUCUGCGCAGCUGCUGCAGACUGUCCAGGCUGCAGCCGCGUGGAAGAACAAGGACCUGCUGCAGAGCCUUCAGAUGCACGCCUGCAGACUCUACGAUCCACAGGAGGGCAGUGUGGUGCUGUUGCCCGUGGAGUCGCAGCAGCGGCUGAUGGAGCUGGUGUACUUCCUGCCCCUGCUGCCCCCGGAGCUGCUGUCCUGCCUCAGCCGCUGCUGCACCACGGGGAGGGUCUCUGCCACGCUGGCCGCCGCGCUCAUCCGACUCGUGCACCUCAGAUCCUCUCUCUGCGGCUGGUCAGCUGGGAGACAGGAAGUGGCCGUGAGCGAUGUGGAUUACUUCAGCUUCCUGUUCUCCACACUCACAGGGUUCUCCUCAGAGAAGCUGGCAGCCCUUCAGCACGCCGGCGAGGAUAUAGCGCUGCCUCCGUCGCCCCUCUCGCCCCUCAGCGUGUACCCCACCCAGCAGGAGCAGUUCAGCCACCACUGGGUCAUAGUGGAGGAAGUGUGUCACUGUCUGGAGAACGUGGGCGCCCGGUCCCAGUGUUUCGAUGUGCUGCAGAACGCCAUCUGCAAGAACCUGACCUGUCUGCAGGUGGUGCCAGACAGUACGGCUGCAGCCCUGCUGCGGGUGGUGUCCUGCCUGCUGGACCUGUCCUUCCUGCCCAACGAAGUCCUGCUGCGUUUCCUUAGCGACUGCUGCCUGAGCCUGCUUAGCCUGCUGGAGCAGGAGCAGGGCGUCCCUGACAACAGCGAAAAGGGCGAGACGGUGAGGGCCGUGUGCCUGGCGGCACUCAGCGGCGUCCCCCGGCUGCUGCGGCUGGUGCUGCAGUCGCUGCACGUGUCGGACCUGUGCGAGGAGGAGUUCUCCCAGCUGGCUCAGAUGCUGUCCUUCCUGCUGCGGCAGAGCCAGCUCCGCAACCACAUGCCGGCCAACGCCGCCCUCCUGCAGCACAUCAUCCAGGACCUGACGCGCUACUGUCAGGGUGAGGCACAGGAGCAGUGGCUGUCUGACCUGCUGUACUGCUACAGCGUCACUCUGUCCACACACCGCAGCAACCUGGGGCUCCGCGACAUAUACUGACACCCGCUGUCACCUACACCAUCACCCAGUCCAACCAAACCCUUCCCCCAGUCACUUCUACCAAACCCUUCCCCCAGUCACUUCUACCCAACCUCUUACCCAGGCCAACCAAACCCAUCCCCCAGUCUCUUCUACCAAACCUCUAACCCAGGCCAACCAAACCCUUCCCACAGUCUCUUCUACCCAACCUCUAACCCAGUCCAACCCAACCCUUCCCCCGACCCCUCUACCCAACAGUAAAUGAGACCAAGCCAACACAUCCUCCACUUCUUCUACCAAGCAGUAACCAGGUCCAACCAAACCACUCCCUCGACGACUCUACGAAACUGCAACCCAACACACCCCACACUCCCCAUUUCCCCUACCAAAUGGAAAACUCAGCCCAUCACCUCUGUGGAACAGCAGCCCAGUUAAUGCCUGAGAAUUUGGACACCCCAGCCCCCCCCCCCCUUCUAGACAUACAUUGGACCACCCAACAAACCUGCCACCCCCCCUCUAUCAAGGAGUCCUUUUUUUUUUUUUGCCUCUAUAUAAGGGAGUUACUCAGUUGUAUAACUGAAAAUAGCCUGAAAAAAAAACUUUUUACAAUAAAAUGCAUCAAAUUAUAAA